UGUCGACAACAUUUGUAGCUUUGGUUUAACUGUUGUGCUGAAAAAGAUGCCUUCAGAAAGAUUUUAUAUCAGCCAAGUGUUUGUUAUAAUGUUCAACAGCGUUUUGCUUGUUGCUACUGUGUUCCUUAAUGGACUUGCGAUUGUGACAAUCUUUAGAUCGUCUUACUUGAUGGGAAAGCCGUGCUACUUCAUCGUUUUUCUGCAAUCAAUCGUCGACUUGAUGUGUAGUCUUCUGGCUAUGCCAUUAUUUCUCGUUCACCUUAUAAAUGUAAUUCAUGGAAUGGUUGACUGUGUUGUCUACGUCAUCACUAUGUUUGCAACUUAUUUUACGCUGGGCUUAUCUAGUGUCAACUUACUUGCUCUCACAUGGGAGCGAUACGUUGCUCUCUUGCAUCCUUUGCACUAUGGCAGCAUUGUCACCAGAAAGAAGUUGAUGGUUGGUGUAUGUUUUGCUGGGGUCAUCGAAUGUUUCAUGAAAACUUUAUUUUUAACAAAAUUUCACCAUAGAGAAACAGUAUUGUACAAUCUUGUGAAGGUCAUGAUUAUUUCUGGGUACGCUAUCUUUGCAUACUCUUGUAUCUUCUUGGUAGUAAAAAAGUUGGCUCGGUCCAGUAUAACUUCAUGUAGUCCAGUAGAGAAAAUCAAGACGAGACGCGUGCAAAGAAAUGAUCUUUCGCUUAUUCGAAUUUGGCUCAAAACUCUCGCAUUUUUAAAUUCCUUGAUGAACUCCAUCUUAUUCUUUUGGAGUAAAAAGAUGUUGAGACAGGAGGCAUUCAAGCUGUUAAAAGCAAUAAAUGAGAAAUUGAGGUUAUCGUCGUCCUAA